AUGGCGGAAGUGAAAAUAACAACAUUUAAUGUCAAAGGCCUCAACUCACCUCAAAAGAGAGGUCAGCAACACACGGAUGAUGAAGGUAGACUUCUGAUCCUAAAGGGGGAGAUUGCCUCGCAAAAAUACACCUUAGCUAAUCUAUACGCCCCCAACAAGGCAACGGUUCAAUGGCUUCUCAAAGCCCUGGAAAUCAUCAAACAUUUUGCAGAGGGCCAGGUGAUCCUAGGUGCUGAUCUUAACCUGGUUCUGAACCCAGAAUUAGAUUCCUCUACCGCCAAGUCACACAUCGCCCAGAAACACAUUUCGCAGCCGGAGAUUGGGAACAUCACCAUCUCUGACCACGCUCCCUGCCACGUGACCCUCGCCUCCCUACCAAGAAGAGAGUGGAACUGGAAACUUAACGAAUCCUUGUUGAAUAACAGACUACAUAUUGAACAGCAACCUCAUGCUAGGCUGAAGGUCAAUGGCACGCUGUCUCCGACCUUUGAGAUUACAAACGACACUGAAAAUUGCCAGAGAUGUCCUGAUCAUGAAUGGCCAAAUGAGUCUAAAAACAAAUGUGUCGUCAGAGAUGAUGAGUUUUUCUCCUAUGAGACUGAUGUUCUUGCUUUAGUCUUUUCCAUCAUCUCCACAUUACUCUCUCUUAUAACUUUCUUUAUAAUUGGAAUAUUCUCUUUAUUCCAGAAAUCUCCCAUUGUCAGAGCCAAUAACCAGAACCUCAGCUUCAUUCUACUGACCUCUCUCAUGUUCAGCUUACUCUGUGUGUUUCUAUUCAUCGGUCGUCCAGUGGAUAUAACCUGCAGGCUACGACAAAUCUGCUUUGGGAUCUUCUUUACCGUAGCUGUGUCUUCUGUCCUGGCCAAGACCAUCAUAGUCUGCAUAGCAUUUAAGGCCACCAGACCUGACAGCUCCUGGAGAAAGUGUGUGGGAGUUAAGCUUCCUUAUUCUGUAGUGUUGGUCUGUUCUUCUAUUCAGGUUCUGAAUGCAGUUAUCUGGUUGUCAGUUUCUCCUCCAUAUCAAGAACUAAACUUGGAUUAUCCUGGGAAGAUCAUCCUCCAGUGUAAUGAAGGUUCCAUCUUGGCUUUUUACUUCAUGUUGGGUUAUAUGGGGUUUCUGGCAGCUUUGAGUUUUGUUCUGGCUUUUAUGGUGAGGACAUUACCUGACAUCUAUAAUGAAGCCAAGUUCAUCACCUUCAGCAUGCUGGUGUUCUGCAGUGUCUGGAUCUGCGCCAUCCCAGCCUAUCUGAGCAGUACAGGAAAGCACAUGGUCAUCGUGGAGAUAUUUGCCAUAUUGUCCUCAGGAGUCUUUGACGUGUUUUAUCAACUCGCCUGCAAAGAAGAGAUAUGGCAGCUUGCAAUGUCUGACGUGUAG